AUGCAUCUCAACCAGAGCAACCACAGCAAAGUAUCGGCCGAACAGCCCGUCCACUUCGGCUGGAACAACGUCCGAUUCACGGUCAAGUCAAAGAAAAAGCAGGGCGAUGGCGUCCUCCUCGACGGCGUCAGCGGCUCCAUCUCGGGAGGUCAGAUGCUCGCCAUCAUGGGUCCGUCCGGCGCGGGCAAGUCAACCCUGCUCGACGUCCUGGCAGGCAGGAAGCCGCUGCAAAGCGGAACUCUGACAGUCAACGGCUCGGACACGACCAGCGUCCGCGAUCUCAGCGGCUACGUCGAGCAGGAAGACGCCUUGCUCGGGACCCUGACCGUCAGGGAGACGAUCCAGUACUCGGCCCGUCUUUCGGACCCUUCCGCUAACCAGACGACGCUCGACGAGCGAGUCGACGCCACGCUGGGCUCGCUCGGUCUGUCGCAUGUCGCCAACCACCGCAUCGGCACGCCCAUCCAGCGAGGUAUCAGCGGCGGACAGAAGCGCAGGGUCACAAUCGGAAACACACUGGUCACCUUGCCGCAGAUUCUCUUCCUCGAUGAGCCCACCAGCGGUCUCGACAGCGCAACGGCCCUCGAGGUCAUUGCAUGCAUCCGCCAGAUGGCCAAGGACCACGGCUUCGCCGUCCUCUGCACGAUCCACAGCCCGAACUGGGAGACAUUCAGCCAGUUCGACUCAGUCAUGCUGCUCGCCCGCGGCAAGACCAUCUACAAUGGCAGCACCCUCGGUGCUGGCGCCUACUUCACAGCACUGGGCCAUCCGACCGCGACGCACAGCAACCCCGCAGACAACAUGAUGUCGCUCGUCUCGACCGACUUUCUCCACGGCGAUGACAUCGAGCGCGGCCAGGACCGCAUCCGCAGCUUCGCCGAGGCGUGGAAGGAGCACAUGGACGAGGUCGGGAACGAGAAGCCGCGAGCGCCCUCGACGAUCGCUGCCUCGUCGAUCUCGGCGCGGCCCCUCCGAAGGUCAAAGAUGACCGGCCUGGCCCUGCUGGCCGCACAGACAUCGACGCUGACGAAGAGGAACUACCUCAACUACAGCCGCAAUCUGCUGGCCUAUGGCAUUCGUCUCGGCAUGUACAUUGGAAUGGGUGUCCUCGUGGCCACGGUGUGGGUCAACAUGCCUCAGACGGACGCCCGCAUCAACGACCGCCUCAGUGUUCACUUCUUCGGCGUCGCCUUCCUCGGCUUCAUGUCGGUCGCUGGUAUCCCUUCCUUCCUCGAGGAGAGGGCUGUCCUGAUGCGAGAGAAGCGGAACAACCUUUACACUGCCGCACCCUACGUCCUCGCCAACACUGCCGCAUCGCUUCCUUUCCUCGCGAUCUGCACCGUCUUCUUUGCCGUGAUCGUAUACUGGUCGGUCGGCCUCCACCCCGGAGCGACGCCCUUCUUCCGCUUCCUCGCCUUUGUCUUCCUCGGCGUCUAUGCGGCCGAGUGCCAGUCACUGCUCAUCGCCGCCAUCAUCCCGAUUUUUGUCGCCGCCCUCGCCAUCGCCGCCUUCAUCAACGGAUUCUGGAUGGUCGUGCAGGGCUACUUCGUCCGCACUCUGCCUUCGUUCUGGAAGUAUUGGGCUCACUUCAUCGAUUACGAGACGUUUGCAUUCCAGCUGCUCGUCAAGAACGAUUUUACCGGCUUGGUGUUCAAGUGCAGCGGCUCGCUGGCCGACAACACGUGCCUCUGCUCGCAGCCCUCGACGCUCGUACAGACCGGUCAGGCAUGCGCGCUGCGAGGCGAAGAGGUCGUGCGCUCUCUUGGCUUCGACGGCAUCUCGACGACGCUCUACGCCUUCAUCCUGGUCAUCGUCAUUGUCGUCUACCGGCUUCUCUUCUGGCUCGCCCUGACGCUCCGCAAGUGA